CCCCACCCUCGCAAUUUCUCUCGUCUCUUUCUCUUUCUCUCUCUCCUCUCUUCAUAUCAUUUGCAUAUUUGCACUCAUUCUCAAAAGGGUUCUCUUCUUACGGUUAUAUAGGUGUAGACGAAGAUCGGUGAAGAAUGGAGAUCAAGGUACUGCUCACGUUGGUGUCUGUUGCGAGCUUCGUAAGUCAGGGUACGUCGGAGGACAAAGCCCCGCCACCGCCUGUCACAGAGGCGGCCCUUUAUAAGAUAGCGGCUUCACUGGACACGUUCGUCGACGAACUCCCCCAAAUGCCGAGGCUCUACGGUUACUCCAGGCGUGAAGGUUUGCUCCUUCCUGGAAAUCUCACCAUUGGCAUGUACGAGAAGAAAUGGAAAUUCCAUCGAGAUUUACCGGCCACUACUGUCUUCACCUAUGGUACAUCAGCUGCCGCUGCCACCGUGCCCGGUCCAACCAUCGAAGCACGUCAAGGCGUCCCCACUUCGGUGACGUGGCUCAAUUUCCUCCCCCGAUCCCACAUCCUCCCGUGGGACCCAACCGUCCCCACGGCCAUCCCCAAGCACGGCGGCGUCCCGACGGUCGUCCACCUUCACGGUGGCGUCCACCCGCCGGACUCAGACGGCAACGCUUUCGCGUGGUUCACCUCGGGUUUUCACGAGACCGGUCCGAAGUGGACUCGCAAGACCUACGCAUAUCCCAACGUGCAACAUGCCGGAAACCUUUGGUACCACGAUCACACGCUCGGCCUGACACGGGUCAGCCUCCUAGCCGGUCUGAUCGGCGCUUAUGUGAUACGUGAUCCGGCGUUGGAGGCGGAGCUUGAUCUCCCGUCGGGGCCUGAUUUCGACCACCAUCUGAUGGUGUUUGACCGGAGUUUCACCAAGGACGGAUCGUUGUACAUGAACUCCACCGGCGACAACCCUAACAUACACCCGCAGUGGCAGCCGGAGUACUUCGGCGACACCAUCAUAGUCAACGGCAAAGCUUGGCCCUACCUCAAGGUCCAACGUAGGAAAUACAGAUUCCGCAUAAUCAACUCCUCCAACGCGCGCUACUACAAAUUCUCAUUGACCACGGGCUUGUCAUUCAUCAUGGUCGCCUCCGAUGCAUCCUAUUUGCCCUCGCCAGUGAUCACCAAAUCGUUUCUCUUAGCUCCAUCGGAAACUGCCGACGUCAUCAUCGACUUCUCCACGACAGAAGCGAAAGAAGUAAUGCUCAAGAACGGCGCUCCAUACCCUUAUCCCGGUGGCAGCUCUGUUGACAAGCUGAAUGGGGAGGUAAUGAAGUUCGUGGUAUUGUCUGGAAGCCCUAACCCGCCAGACAGAUCCCGUGUGCCACCAUCUUUGAAGGUCUACUCGACGACCCAAAAACCAACUGUUAAGAGGUACAUAGUGCUGUAUGAAUAUGAGAGCGCGACCGGAGAUCCCACCCAUUUGUAUAUCAACGGGAAGAGACUGACAGAUCCGGCGACCGAGACUCCGAAAACCGGUAGCACCGAGACGUGGGAGGUGAUUAACUUGACGGAGGACAACCACCCGCUGCACAUUCAUCUCGCGACGUUUCAUGCCAUCAAAGGGCGACAACUGUUGGAUCUGGAAAGUUUCAAGUCGUGCAUGACCGAGAAGAACGACGCGGUCGCGUGCAACGUGACGGGCCAUGCAAAGGGAAAGUCGCUCAAGAUACCUUCGUACGAGAAGACAUGGAAGAACGUAGUGAAGAUGGAGCCUAGGUACCAAACGACGAUCGUGGUCAAGUUCAACUUGAUCGACAACGAUGCGCCCUAUCCGUUCGACGCCACCACGGAACCUAACUACGUGUAUCAUUGUCACAUUCUUGAUCAUGAAGAUAACGCGAUGAUCCGUCCAUUGAAGCUAGUCGCUUGAAGAAGCCAGUUGUUUGAUGGACAAGACUCAAUCGGAGAUGACAUGAUUUGAGGAUUGUUAUUGCCAGAAGUAAUUAGGAGAUUCUUUUUGUUUUCCUGAGUUCUCUAUAUCUCUUUUAAUUGUGCAUGUAUGUCGCUCGAUUGUGCAUAUCUUAUUGAUCUUACAUGAUUGUAAUUGACA